GGAGGUCUCUGAAGCCUCAUAGAGAGUUUGCAGCGCACAUUUUAGGCCAAGGCAGGGUGCUGAGUUUGCCUUGCCUGAGCUGUCCGAGGUGUGGAGAAGCUGAAGGACCAUUAAUCCCUUUGGCUCUCGUGCUGACAAGGAACUGUAGGAAUGUCUCAGCAGCUGCGAGGCGAGAGUGAUUUUGACCAGCUUCCCGAUGAUGUGCCUGUUUCUGCUAACAUUGCAGACAUUGAGGAGAAGAGAGGCUUCUCUAGUUACUACGUCUUUGUGAUCGAGGUGAAAACAAGAGGUGGAGGCAGGUAUAUGAUAUUCCGCCGUUACAGCCAGUUCUAUAACUUGCAUGCCAAGCUAGAGGAAAGAUAUGGUUCAGAAAGCAGAAACAGUCGCUUUUGCUGUCUACUCCCUGUCCUUCCUGGAAAAGUUUAUGUUGGUGCAAAGAGGGAGAUUGCUGACAGCCGAAUCCCAGUACUCAAUGCGUACAUGAAGAAAUUGCUUAGCUUCCCAGCCUGGUUGCUGCUAGAUGAAGAUGUCCGAUUGUUUUUCUACCAGUCGGAGUUUGACAGUCAGCAGGUACCUCAGGGGCUGCGAAGGCUUCGCCCACGUACCCGUCGCGUCAAGAGCGUUUCACCCCAGGAACCUGGCUUUGACCGACUGGCAGCCCCACGGGCAGAGGCACUGUUUGAUUUUACUGGGUCCACUAAACUGGAACUGAGCUUCAAGAAGGGAGACUUGAUUUAUUUGCUCAGCAGGGUCAACAAGGACUGGUUUGAGGGAACUGUCCGAGAUGCCACUGGAAUUUUCCCAAGUGCUUUUGUGGAUAUCAUCAAAGAACUCCCACAGGAAGAGGAUACCAUCAACUGGCUGCGCUGCUAUUAUCAUGAUGACAAUGUCAGCAGCAUCAGGGACAUAUCGGUGGAGGAGGACCUGAGCAGCACCCCACUAUUCCAAGACCUCAUGGAAUUAAUAAGGCGAGCGUUUGCACGUGACGAUAUUGCCCUGAAUUACCGUGAUGCUGAGGGCGAUCUGAUCCGCCUGCUGUCUGAUGAGGAUGUUGUACUCAUGGUGAAGCAGGGCAGGAGUUGGCCUUUUGAGAAGCACAUCUUCCCGUGGAAACUGCAUGUUACUCAGCAAGAUGAUUACAGUGUCUAUGACCCAGUGGGAGCUGGAAUUGCAGCACAAACAGCAACAGGACCAUGAUCCUUGUUGUUUGUGCUGCUCAACA